UUUUCAAAAUGGCGGACGAACUAAAGGUUGGAUUUAUCGGAGGCGGAACCAUGGCAAGAGCAAUAGCCAAAGGAUUUAUUGCGACAAACACCGUCAGAGAAAGUAACAUCAUUGCAAGUGCUACCACGGAAAAAACACUAGCUGUCUGGAAGGAUAUGGGCUGUCAAACAACACUGAUUAAUAAGGAAGUUGUUGAAAAUUCAAAUUUGGUAUUUUUGGCAGUAAAACCUUACAUAAUAGUUCCUGUAGCAAAAGAGAUCAUGUCUUCCAUUGACACAUCUAGACACCUUGUUGUGUCGGUGGCUGCAGCCAUUACAACAGAUGCAAUUGAGGAGAGUUUGCCACCAUUUACUCGUGUUAUACGAGCAAACCCAAACUUGGCUUGUUCUGUUCAAUGUGGUGCAUUGGCAUUCUGUAAAGGAAGGUGUGCAUUGGCAGAGGAUGUACGACUCAUAAAAAGACUUCUUCAAACUAGUGGUAUGUGUGUGGAGGUGAAAGAAUCUCAGAUGAAUGCAAUUACUGCAGUUGGUGGUAGUGCCCUGGCUUUUUUCUUCCUUGCCAUUGAGGCAAUGAGUGAUGGUGGUGUGAGGGUGGGUUUACCAAGAGCUUUGUCAAUGGAUCUGGCCAGUCAGACAGUUCUAGGAGCAGCACGGCUGGUGCAGGAAACAGGAAAGCAUCCGGCUCAGUUAAAAGACGAAGUUUGUUCUCCGGGUGGUACGACGAUUGCUGGAAUUCAGACUUUGGAAAGAGCCGCAUUUAGAAGCUGCUUCAUUGAUGCCGUGGAUUCGACAACAAAACGAGCAGCAGAAAUUGCUGAGCUACAGAAAUCUAAAGAAAAAUAAGGGACGAAUUGAUAUGUGUCUCUGACUGUUAAUGAAUAAGAAGAAAGCUCCUUAUGAAG